AUGGCCGCGAACUAUUGGCUGAGCUCGCAUGCGAACUGCCACAUCCUCACUCGCCAUGACCUACGCAACUCUCCCGGAAGGUCGAUCGAUCUCAAGUACGCUGGGGAGCGCGAAAUUGCUUGUAUAAACAUCUGGAGUAGCAAUGUCAUACAUAAGAUAGGAAAGCGACUCAAUUGCAGACAGAUCGUCACCGCUACAGCAGUCACUUACUUUCGUCGAUUUUACGUCAAGAAUGCGAUCGCAGAAACAGACCCCUGUUUGGUAGCAGCUGCAGCGGUUUAUGUGGCUACCAAGGUCGAGGAGGCGCCUUCUCACAUCAAGAGCGUUCUGGAAGCUGCUAGAAGCGUGUUUUCCGAUUAUCCAACCCUAGGCGCUUUUCCAAACGAUGCAACUGUGUUGGCAGAAAUGGAGUUUUAUCUUAUUGAAGACUUGGAUUUUCAUCUGAUGGUUUGGCACCCUUAUCGUGAUUUGGCACAAUUUGCUGGGCGAGAGGAUUCGGCUGUUCCCAAGGACGCCAUGGAACGAAUGAGCGAAUGGACUCCUGCACCUAAUUCACCUCUUUACCAAGAGUAUCGUCAGGAAUGUGAUCGACAAGCUUCGAUGCUUGAUUUGAGUGAUACGACGCUUCAAAUGGCAUGGUUUAUCAUUAACGAUACUUAUCGCACCGAUUUAAUUCUACUGUACCCGCCCUAUAUCAUUGCUCUGGCUGCAAUCUACAUCACCGUUGUAUUGCAUCCUCAUCCGUCACUUCAAGGAAUGAAAGCCUUUCCGCAAACCAACAAAGCUACUCGACGGACCAGCGACGAUACAGGCCCAUCCAGAACACGACGUCAAUCGCUCAAUACACCGUCCCAGCUUUCGAAUCAGGUUGAUUCGGGGCGUGCCGAGGGAGCGACGCCUUCGGUAGGCAGCCCAACGAGCCCGACGAAGGUCGCCCCGUUGGACUUCUUUGCACGUUUCCCGAUCUCCAUGUCCCUCGUCCUUGAACUCGUCCAGGAAAUUGUGGCCAGCUAUGAGCUCUGGAACCGGCUCGAAAACCCAAACCUUCCGAUCCAUCGAGCCCCGGAAGACCCCGCAAAGAUCCCCAAAGGCCUUGCCUCCACUCGACUUAAUCGACCCAUAUACGACCCUAAUUUAUCCACCGUUGAAUCAUCUGCAAUCACUGCCUCUAACUCCUCUGAUCUUCCCCCCGGAUCAAGCACCCCUACCAAAGCUGCCGGCGAUAAAGCCGCUGAUGAGCGCGUCGUCGACAUUCUCCUUAGAAUGCGGAAGGCAAGAGAACUUGAACGAGCUUGA